AUGACAAAUACAAAUGGCAUCGAUGUUGGUUUGGUUUCUUGUCUUGAGUGCAGAGUCGUCGUUCAAGGGCAGGGUCCUGGUCCUCGUUAUGGACAUGUCAUGGACUUGGUUGCCCAACGAUAUCUUGUUACUUUUAGUGGCAACGAUGGAAAGAAAGUGCUUUCGGAUGCAUGGACUUUGGAUACCGCUCAAAAACCGUAUGAAUGGCUGAGGCUGAAUACAGGAGGAGAUAAACCUUCAGCUAGAAUGUAUGCUACAGCUAGUGCUCGCUCGGAUGGUAUGUUUUUGCUUUGUGGUGGAAGAGACACUUCAGGCGUGCCCUUAGCAGAUGCUUAUGGACUACUUAUGCAUAAAAAUGGACAAUGGGAAUGGACUCUUGCACCUGGAGUUUCACCGUCAUCAAGGUACCAACAUGCUGCGGUUUUUGUUGGCACUAGAUUGCAUGUCACGGGAGGUGCUCUUAAGGGAGGGCGUGUGGUAGAGGGUGAAUCGGCUGUUGCAGUUUUGGACACUGCUGCUGGAGUUUGGUUAGAUAGACAUGGCUUGGUGACUUCUUCACACAAUGACAAUGAACAAAAUGAAGAUCCGUCUUUAGAUCUCAUGCGUCGUUGUCGGCAUGCAAUGUCAUCAGUUGGUUCUCGUUUAUAUGUGUAUGGUGGUCUUCGAGGAGUUGGUAUCAGAGCCUUGGUUGUUCAAAUGGCUUGUUGUGGAAGUAAGUAUUCGCAUAAUCGUAGAACUGCCGAUAGAGGCAACGGUGAAGAUGCUUCGGAUUUGCUCAAUCGUGAGGUUGAGCAUGACCGACAACUCGCAUGGCUUACCCCUGGAUUGGGAUCGGUUGAGCGGGUUGGACAACUACAACCUCUAAUCCCUGGAUUGGGAUUAGUAUUACCGUCGACGUGGAAGGAAACGGAACCGGAAGAACUUGUCCGGGACGAGUUAUCCGGGGAUGAGGAGCAUCCUACCAACGGCGACACUAUCUUUGAUUCUCCUCCCGUGUAUGAUGAAUACGAGGACGGGGAAUGGUAUUCUUGGAUGACCGGGUGUGCGAUCGAAACCUUGGAAGUCCGUCAGAUAAGCGAUGUCAAAUUCAGGAAAGUUGAUGAGUUUCAUCACCAUCUUGAAUAUCCAACCUUUUGUAGCCGAUCAAAAAAGUUUGAAUCUGAUGAAGGUACUGCUUUUGAUUCCUUUUUGAACCGCCAUCAUAUUCAUUUACGUUUCUUUGGGAGGUGUGAUCUCGGUGAUUAUAUGGUUCGGCUCAGGUCUUGUAUUAUUAGAAUUACACAAACUUUGGGAUCACCUUUGGUUAUUCUUCAUAAGGAAGGAGAUAAAGUUAUUAAUGUGGAUGGGGAUGAUUUAAAUGAAAAUUAUGAACCCCUUCAUAGUGGACAUACCCGUGGAUUUCAAGAAAAAAAUGAGAAACUAGUUGAAGAUAAUGGCUCCACAUAUAUGGGGCAGCUUUAUGACAAAGUUACCAAUAAAUUUAAUUCCAAUGGUGAUGGCAACUUAUUGUCGCAUCUCAAUAUCUCAACAACAGGUGGUACGAGUCUUGGAUCGAGGGAGGCGACUUGUAAACUUAAGCUAUUUAGGCGGGUCAUCAUGAUAAUAAUAUAUGAUAGUCGGGUUGAUGUUCCUUUUGAUCCAGGUGGCUUUGAUGUGUUGUUAGGUGAUUUUCUCAUAGCAGAGAAUUCACCAAUUCAUUCGGAUGUCAAUAAUCCUGAAUUAACAUCUGAAAAGGGUUCAAACAUGACAACUCCUAGGGCAAAUCAUUUGUGCCCGUUUGAUCCUAUAUCUCUUGACGGCGGGUCUGAAAGUCCCUUAUCCACCACCUUAAGUGUUGACAAAGAAUCUGCUCAAAGGCAGGCUGAAGUGAAUGCUACUUAUUCAACCUGGCAAGCUGCACAAACACAUAUUGCAAAUCCUAACGAAUUUAUAAGCUCGCAAACCAUGCUGGGUAGCUCAGAGGGUGGUACAGGACCCCGGGAUGUGCAACUUCACCCAAGAGCUGUUGUAAUUGCCAGAGAAGCCAUAGGAAACCUCGGUGGGUUGGUAAGGCAGUUGUCAUUGGAUCAUUUUGAAAAUGAGAGUAAGCGUAUGAUGCCUUUCCAAAAUGACAUGUCUGCAAAAAGGUUCAUGAGGCAGAAGUCACCUCAAGGCUUACACAAAAAGGUGAUUGCUACUUUACUUAAGCCUCGAAACUGGAGCCCACCAGCAGACAGGAAGUUUUUUCUGGAUGCUUAUGAAGUGGGAGAGCUUUGCUAUGCUGCUGAGCAGAUAUUCAUACAAGAACCUACAGUUCUUGAUCUGAAAGCUCCUAUUAAAGUGUUUGGUGAUCUACAUGGACAGUUUACCGAUCUUAUGCGCCUAUUUGAUGAAUAUGGAUUCCCUUCCAGUGCUGGAGAUAUAACGUAUAUCGAUUAUUUAUUCCUUGGAGAUUACGUCGAUAGAGGACAACAUAGCCUGGAGACAAUCACUUUGCUUCUUGCUCUUAAGGUUAAUUAUCCCCAAAAUUUUCACUUAAUACGUGGGAACCAUGAAGCUGCUGAUGUAAAUGCACUCUUUGGCUUCCGUCCUGAAUGCAUUGAAAGAAUGGGAGAGAACGACGGAAUCUGGGCAUGGAAACGGUUUAAUCAGCUGUUUAACCAUCUUCCGCUUGCAGCACUUAUAGAGCAAAAGAUUAUAUGUAUGCAUGGUGGCAUAGGAAGGUCGAUUCAUACAGUUGAACAGAUUGAGAAAAUAGAAAGACCCAUAAACAUGGAUGCUGGAUCUGUUGUCUUGAUGGACUUACUAUGGUCUGACCCAACCGAAAACGAUAGCGUGGAAGGUUUGAGACCAAAUGCAAGGGGACCGGGCCUUGUUACUUUCGGGCCUGACAGGGUUACAGACUUCUGUAAUAGAAACAAACUUCAGUUGAUUAUAAGAGCACACGAAUGUGUAAUGGAUGGGUUCGAGCGAUUUGCUCACGGACAGUUAAUUACCCUUUUCUCUGCGACAAACUAUUGUGGGACUGCUAAUAAUGCUGGAGCUUUACUAGUGAUCGGCAGAGGAUUGGUGGUUGUUCCAAAACUGAUUCACCCGUUGCCACCACCACUUGAACCAGAAACAUCUCCAACAUCCGUCGAAGAGCGCCACUGGAUGCAGGAGCUCAAUAAUCAAAGACCACCAACUCCUACUAGGGGCCGGCCCCAGCCUGAUAACGAUAGGAGCUCGCUUGCAUACAUUUGACAACACAAGUUCAUAUUUCCGCUUUUAUUUCAACAUCUUACAGAUUUUCUACCAAAACAACAGAUUAUGAAUGUAU